AUUAAAGAUUUUAGACUUCUUUUUUCUCUAUAUUUCUUUUUGGGUUUGGAGGUUACUGUUUUUAAUGGUUCUUGUCCUUUGCCCCACCUUUUUUGUUUUCUUUUCCUCUUUGACAGCCUUCUCAAAUAGCACCAAAACCCAGCACAAAAAAGCAACCCAAAACAGCUGAGAAAGAGAGUAAAAGAGAGUUGCACCAGAGAGAGAUCAAUUAGAAAUGGGGUGAGAUAGGAAAAACAAUGGCCAAGCAGCUAUCUUUUUUUUUUUGUUCAAUAGGAUUCGCUGAUAAUCAAAACCCAGAAACCAAUUUUUUUUUUAAAAAAUUUUUAUGGUAACUUGUGGAAGUUUUGAAGACAACAGUUACCGGUUACUAGUUGCUUUUUAACAUACAUAUUUGGACCGUUGGGUUAUCUUGAUCAGGAAUUAAGCAAAAGGACUGAGAGAUUUCAAGGCUCCAUAUCGAUUCUCAACAUUAAAAUUGGCUAAUUUUGAGGUCCUGAAAAACUGGUUCUGGGCUUAUCCAUCACCUGGUUUUCAUAAUUAAGAACUGUAGUCUGCGGUCAGAUUCAGGAAGUGAUUGUGUUGAGUAAUAAAGUCAUGGCGACUGUGAAGCAUGCAGAUUCUAAAGGCAUGUACUCGUGGUGGUGGAACAGCCACAUAAGCCCCAAAAAUUCGAAAUGGCUUCAGGAGAAUCUCACAGAUAUGGAUACUAAAGUCAAGCAAAUGAUCAAGCUCAUUGAAGAAGAUGCUGAUUCCUUUGCUAGGCGAGCAGAGAUGUAUUACAAGAAACGCCCAGAGUUAAUGAAAUUAGUAGAAGAGUUUUACCGAGCAUAUCGUGCAUUGGCUGAAAGAUAUGAUCAUGCAACUGGGGUGCUUCGUCAGGCUCAUCGGACCAUGGCAGAAGCAUUUCCAAACCAAGUUCCUAUGGUAUUUGGAGAUGACUUACCAGGAGCUUCUGCUACCGAGGUUGAUCCCCGUACGCCUGAGAUGCCACCGCCAGUACGUGCAUUAUUUGAGCCUGACGAGCUGCAGAAGGAUGCUGUGGGACUCUCUUCACAUGCUAUGAAGAGGAAUGGAGCAUUCACUGAAGAAUCUGAGUCUGUAAUGAUCAGAAAGGGUCUAAAACAGUUCAACGAUUUGUUUGGUUCUGAAGAAGCUACAAACCAUGUAAAGUUUGCAGAAGGAAGGGCAAGAAAAGGCCUCAACUUUCACGAUGUAGAGGAGAAAGAACAAAGUCCGCUAAACAAUGGGGGCCCUGAUCUCAAGGUUCUAGUUCCAUCUGAGUCUGAACGAGUGAGUAAAGCUGAGAUGGAAAUUUUAACAUUGAAGAAUUCUCUUGCUAGAUUAGAAGCUGAAAAAGAAGCUGGCCUACUUCAGUACCAGCAGAGUUUGGAGAGAUUGUCUACUCUAGAGAGAGAAGUCUCUCGUGCACAAGAAGAUUCCCAAGGGCUUAAUGAACGAGCUGGAAAAGCUGAAGCUGAAGUUCAGACUUUGAAGGAUUCCCUCACCAAAUUAGAGGCUGAAAGGGAAGCUAAUCUUGUUCGAUACCAGCAAUGCUUGGAGAAAAUAAAUAAUCUUGAGAAUUGUAUUUCUUAUGCACAAAAGGAUGCUGGAGAACUGAAUGAGCGAGCAAGCAAAGCUGAGAUGGGAGUGCAAGCUGUAAAGCAGGACCUUGUCAGGGUAGAAGCUGAAAAAGAGGAUGCGCUUGCUCAAUACACUCAGUGUUUAGAGAUAAUAAGGAAUCUGGAAGAAAACUUAUUGAAUGCUGAAGUAAAUGCCAAAAGGAUGACUGAACGAGCAGAGAAAGCUGAAAGUGAACUUGAAAUUUUAAAGCAAGUAGUUGUUGAGCUGACCAAAGAUAAGGAAGCAGCUGCUAUUCAGUACCAGCAGUGCUUAGAGACAAUUUCUAUCCUAGAAAACAAACUUGCUUUUUCCCAGGAGGAGGCUCAAAGGCUCAACAGCGAGAUGGAUGAUGGAGCUGCAAAGUUAAAAGAUGCUGAAGAAAGGUGUAGUCUGUUGGAGAGAACCAAUCAGAGUCUGCAUACUGAAUUGGAGUCUUUGGUGCAGAAGAUGGGGGAUCAAAGUCAAGAACUAACAGAGAAGCAGAAGGAGUUGGGGAGACUUUGGACUUCCAUACAAGAAGAGCGCUUGAGAUUUAUGGACGCUGAAACAGCAUUUCAAACGCUGCAGCAUUUGCACUCUCAAUCUCAGGAAGAACUCAGAUCUCUGGCCACGGAGCUUCAGAAUAGGGCUCAAAUGUUUCAGGAUAUUGAAACUCGUAAUCAGGGUUUAGAGGAUGAAGUUCAGAGGGUUAAGGAGGAGAACAGGGGACUGAACGAACUCAAUAUAAGUUCAGCAGUGUCCAUCAAGAAUUUACAAGAUGAGAUCUUAAGCUUAAGGGAGACCAUGGCAAAACUUGAAGCAGAAGUUGAACUUAGAGUGGACCAAAGAAAUGCUCUUCAGCAAGAAAUUUACUGUUUGAAAGAGGAACUCAAUGACCUUAACGGGAGACAUCAGGAUAUGACAGGACAACUGGAGUCAGUUGGCUUAAAUCCAGAAAACUUUGCAUCAUCUGUGAAGGAAUUUCAGGAUGAGAACACAAUGCUAAAAGAGGUCUGCCAAAGAGACAGAGAUGAAAAGCUAGCCUUCCUAGAGAAGUUGAAAAUCAUGGAGAAACUCAUUGAGAAAAAUGCCCUUUUAGAGAAUUCACUCUCAGAUUUGAAUGUUGAGCUAGAAGGUGUUCGUGGGAGGGUAAAGACAUUGGAAGAAUCCUGCCAAUCUCUUUUGAGAGAGAAAUCUACCCUUGUUGCAGAGAAGGUCACACUCAUUUCUCAGUUACAGAUUGCAACUGAGAAUCUGGAGAAGCUUUCGGAGAAGAAUAAUGUUCUGGAGAAUUCCCUUUUUGAUGCCAAUGCUGAACUUGAAGGAUUGAGGGUAAAAUUAAAGAGCUUAGAAAAUUCAUGCCAGUUGCUCGGUGAUGAGAAGUCUGGCCUGAUAACAGAGAGAGAAGGCUUGGUUUCUCAAUUGGAUGUCAGUCAGAAAAGGCUCGAAGAUUUAGAGAAAAGAUAUCAGGGAUUAGAAGAAAAAUAUGUGGGUCUGGAGAAAGAAAGGGAAUCAACUCUUUGUGAAGUACAAGAGCUACAAGAGUCACUAGAGGCUGAAAAGCAAGAACAUUCUAGUUUUGUGCAGUUGAAUGGAAACCGAGUGACUGCUAUGGAAUCUCAGAUCAGUUUUCUAGAAGAGGAAAGUCUGUGCAGGAAGAAGGAGUACGAAGAUUUAGAGAAAAGAUAUCAGGGAUUAGAAGAAAAAUAUGUGGGUUUGGAGAAAGAGAGGGAAUCAACACUUCGUGAAGUACAAGAGCUACAAGAGUCACUAGAGGCUGAAAAGCAAGAACAUGCUAGUUUUUUGCAGUUGAAUGGAACCCGAGUGGCUGCUAUGGAAUCUCAGAUCAGUUUUCUACAAGGGGAAAGUCUGUGCAGGAAGGAGGAGUAUGAAGAGGAACUGGACAAGGCCAUGAAUGCUCAGGUAGAAAUUUUCAUCUUGCAGAAAUGUGCACAAGAUCUGGAAGAGAAGAAUUUAUAUCUAUUGCUUGAGUGUAGGAAACUCUUGGAAGCCUCCAAAUUAUCAGAAAAACUUAUCUCUGAAUUGGACCUUGGAAAUUCCAAAAAACAGAUGGAGAUAAAAUCCUUAUUUGAUCAAAUUACCAUACUGAGGAUGGGGCUUUAUCAGAUGUUGAGGAGUCUUGAGGUUGAUGCUAUCCUUGGUUAUGAUGAUAAGACCAAACAAGACCAACCAGUUCUUGACCUUAUAUUUGGCGGGCUUCAAGAGAUGCAAAAUUGUCUUCUAAAGUCUCUGGAAGAAAAUCAGCAAUGCAUAAUUGAGAACUCAGUUCUUAUUGCACUGCUUGGGCAACUGAAACUAGAGGCAGAAAAUCUUGCUGCAGAGAAGAAUGCACUGCAUCAGGAGUUGAAAGUUCAAUCUGAGCAGUUUUCUGAACUGCAGAGCAGAGCUGAAAAACUUGUGGAUAUGAAUGAAGAACUGAGAUCAAAAGUGAUGGAGGGAGGCCAAAGAGAAGAAAUUUUCCAGACUGAAAUUGGGAGUGUUCGUGGGCAACUGUUAGAUUUGCAAAGGGCUUACCAGAGUUCAUUGGAAGAGAACUGCAAGGUGCUUGAUGAGAAAAGGGCUUUGAUGAAGGAAGUUUUAGACUUGGGCAAGGAGAAACAUAAGCUAGAAGAGGAAAACUAUGUUGUCUUUGCUGAAGCAAUAUCUCAAAGUAACAUUUCUCUUAUUUUCAAGGAUAUUAUCGCUGAAAAUUUUGAGGAUAUUAAGCAUCUCAGUGACAAUCUGGAUAAACUGAAAUGUGUCAAUAAUGAUCUUGAGGGAGAAGUGAGGGUUAUGGAGAGAAGGUUUGAAGAUAUGCAAAUGGAAAACUCACAUCUCAAGGAUUCAAUGCAAAAAUUGGAGAAUGAACUGGUUUCAGUCAGAUCUGUUGGUGAUCGGUUAAAUGACGAAGUUGCGAGGGGAAAAGAUCUGUUAUGCCAAAAGGAGAAUGGGCUUUUGGAAGCAGCACAGAUGCUCAGUGCAAUUCAAGAAGAGAGAGCGCAACUGAAUAAAGUAGUGGAGGACCUGAAGAGUAAAUAUGAGGAGGUCAAGCUGAUAGGAGAAGAUCGAGAGAAGCAAAUUCUGAAACUAGCUGGAGACUAUGAUCAUAAAAGUAAGGAGAGUGAAAGCAUUUGGCAGGCUAAUCAGAAAUUGGAGGCUGAGUUGUCGAAGUUGCAUGAGGAACUUGAAGAAAGGAAACAUAGGGAGGACAGUUUGAAUCUUGAACUACAAAAAGGGAGACAGGAGGUUGAACUUUGGGAAAAUCAGGCUGCUGCAUUGUUUGGAGAGCUACAGAUCUCUGCUGUCCGUGAAGCAUUGCUUGAAGAGAAGGCUCAUGAACUCAGUAAGGAAUGUGAAGUCCUUGAAAGUAGAAGUAAUUCCAAAGCUAUGGAGGUAGAAGAGCUGGAAAAAAGUGUUAUAAUCUUGGAAGGUGAGAAUGGAGGACUUAAAGCUCAGUUGGCAGCAUAUGUUCCAGCUGUCAUUUCUCUCAGGGACAGUGUGACAUCCUUGGAGAGUCAAACUCUCUUGCAUAGGAAACUUCCCACAGAUUAUAAUGAAGAAGUAAAGGAUGCCAAUCUGGGGACUGAAUUUUAUGCUGAAAGCUGUCAACAAACAAGUGAAGAUCGAAUUGCCUCAGUUCCAGAUGGUUUUUCAGACUUGCAGGGUAUCCAUAUGAAAAUUAAAUCUAUUGAAAGAGCGGUGCUGGAAAUGGAAAAGCUUGCAAUGCUGGAAAACUUAAAUCUCAAUUCCAAACUAGAGACUGCUAUGAGACAGAUUGAAGAGUUGAGAUUUGGAAGCAGCUCACGUCAAGAAAGUGUUAGAGCAAAGAGGCAUGUGAAUGCUAGACAAGAAGGGGAGGAACUUGGCCGGGGAUCCAGUAACAGUGUCAAAAUGCAGAGGCCAACACAUGAAAUCUCUGAAGAGGAUAAUGAGAUGAUGACAAAAGACAUUAUACUUGAUCAAAUAUCUGAGUGCUCAUCCUAUGGGUUAAGCAGGAGAGAAACUGCAGAGGUUGAUGAUCAGAUGCUUGAGUUGUGGGAGGCUGCCGACCAUGAUGGUAGCAUUGACUUAAAAGUCGGCAAAGCCCAGAAGAUGGUGUAUGCACCAACUGACCACCAACAAAUUGAUUCAGUGAAGGAACACAAGGGCAAAAAUCCCUCUACGGAAUCUCUUGUUAAAGAGUUGGGUGUGGAUAAAGAGAGCUCUAAGAGGUUUACAGAGCCCAACCAUGAAGGAAGCAAGAGAAAGAUUUUAGAAAGACUUGAUUCUGAUGCACAAAAAUUGGCUAACCUUCAGAUAACUGUGCAGGAUCUGAAGAGAAAAGUGGAGAUAACUGAGACGGGCAAAAAGGGGAAGGGAAUUGAAUAUGGUACAGUUAGAGAGCAGUUAGAAGAAGCUGAGGAAGCCAUCAUGAAGCUAUUCGAUGUCAAUCGCAAAUUGAUGACACAUGUUGAAGAUGGUUCCUGGUCUCUUGAUGGGAAAUCUGCAUUAGAAUCAGAUGAGAAUGGGAGUGUUAGGAGGCGGAGAGUAUCAGAACAAGCUCGAAGAGGGUCUGAAAAGAUUGGGCGCUUGCAGUUAGAGGUGCAGAAAAUACAGUUUCUCUUGCUGAAGCUUGACGAUGAAAAAGAAAGUAAAGGAAGAACCAGAAUCAUAGAGCGAAAAACAAGAGUUCUAUUGCGGGACUAUCUUUAUGGUGGGGUAAGAACCAGCCACAAGAGGAAGAAAGCGCCCUUUUGUGCAUGCGUGCAACCUCCAACUAAAGGAGAUUGAGGCUAUUACUUGUCGUCGGCACAUAAUUAGUGUAGUUUACCAGUAAUGAGACUCUAGUUGCAUUGUCCAUAAGUCUGCCUUCCUAGUUUUUGUGUUUCACAUAUAUAUCUUCUUACAGAGGCUUUCUUCUCAAGUUUAGAGAUCCUGCUGUACAUUUCAGGCUCCAUCUAAUCGAAAGAAGCUGCUCUCUUACGGCCUUUUGUUUCCUUCUUUAUACGUUUACUCGGCAUAAAUCUGGAUUUUAAUGGCAAUUAUUUUCUUCAAGGUCAAUAAAUGUUGUUUUCCAUA